CCCAGUAUACACUGAUCUCUAUAUUUGUUUCCAGAUAUUCUUAGGCUCUAGGCUGGCUGAGACAUUGCCGCUGUAAGCUUUUGCUGGGCUUGAGAGUCCCUUCUCCAUUUCUUGGGAGUUCCUAAGCCGUUAGCAAGCAGUAAACUGGCUCGGCCUUGAGAGGGCCGCCAGGCGGCCUCUCAGCGGGAGCGUAUACAGUAAUGGACAAGUAUGAGAAGCUGGAAAGGGCAGGAGAGGGGACCUAUGGCGUCGUCUUCAAAGCUCGCGACCGCUAUACAAACGAUAUAGUUGCCCUAAAGAAGAUUCGACUUGAACACGAGGAUGAGGGAGUCCCUAGCACAGCCAUUCGGGAGAUCUCCUUCUUGAAGGAGCUGCGGCAUGAGAAUGUCGUCAGGUUGUAUGAGGUCCUGUAUAGCGACAGGCGGCUCUACCUCGUAUUCGAGUUCCUGGACUUGGACUUGAAAAAGCAAAUGGACGCGACCCCCAACUUCAGCAGGAACUCGCGACUAAUAAAGGUGUACAUGUGGCAGAUGCUGAGCGGCAUCUCCUUCUGCCACUCCAGGCGGAUAUUGCACCGCGACCUGAAGCCGCAGAACUUGCUCAUUGACCGCUCACGCAACCAGCUCAAACUCGCGGACUUUGGCCUGGCCCGGGCGUUUGGCAUCCCCGUACGCGCCUACACGCACGAGGUGGUGACUCUGUGGUACCGCGCGCCCGAGAUCCUGCUGGGCAGCAAGACCUACUCCACGCCAGUUGAUAUCUGGUCCAUCGGCUGCAUCUUUGCGGAGAUGGUCAACCACAAGCCGCUCUUUCCCGGCGACUCGGAGAUUGACCAGCUGUACAAGAUCUUCCAACUGCUGGGCACUCCCGACGAGAGCAUGUGGGCCGGCUGCUCCAGCCUCCCGGACUACAAGGACACCUUCCCCAAGUGGCGCCCGCAGAGCCUCGCAGCAGCCGUCCCCACGCUCAGCAGAGAGGGCGUGGACCUGCUGUCACGCAUGCUGGUCUACACCCCGCAGCACAGGAUCACCGCCAGCGCCGCUUUGGAUCACCCGUACUUCGACGAGAUCCGAGAUCACAUGCGAGCCGCGCAGCCGGGCGGGGGCAUGCCGCACUGAUAAGGUGCCAGCAGCAGUACAGCAAGAUCGUGGUCGGGGUUGCCGCCCUGUUGGCGCUUUGCUACCUACUCAGGCCUAGGGCGUGUGGUGCUCGUUGACGCUAUAGUGCUGGCAUGUGUUUGGGCGGUGUUUGCGUGCUCCUGACCGAAUGCCGUACGGUGUCGUACGGUGCCACUGGCCGAAUGACGGCCGGUGUUUGCGUGUGUUACACUGCUGUGCAUAAGUCGCAGCUGCCAGAUUGCAGUGCAUAGCAAGGCUGAUGACCAGGAUUUACGAUUCUAGGUAAAACCCUAUGCCCCACGCUAAGUGGAGCCUUGGAGGAAUGGGCGCAUAUGAACCUAGUGGAGUAGGCCGCAGCUAGACCCUCAACCGCAAUCCGAAAAGACGCGGAAGAGUGAAGAACUUGAGAGCGUACGUUAAAUUCGUUACGCAUGUGGGUGGCUUUGCACGCAGCAUGCUUGCCUGAUCUAAGGAGAGGUCAAAGGGUGUUCGGGAGCUCCGCUAGGUUUGCUGCUAUAGGCAGGAUUGCCAAGCAAGUGUUUGCCAUGGAUAGCUAUGCAAGGUUUCAGGUAGGGUUACAUGCUUGCUGGUUGGGAUUGCGUGGGAUUACAAACUUAGCGCGGUGUUAGCUCUCGUUACCAGUGCCGUGCCGAGUUUGCUGUGUUUGACAAGGUAGUGCUCCGUGUCUGUGUGGGAUCGUACGAUGUGUUUUGACUGGGACUGAACUACCGGUGCCUGAAGGUGUACAUACAGCUACAUGCUGCCGUGCUUUGAACUGCGGUGGUUGUCAUGAUGAUGCGCCAAUUGCGCUGUCCUUACAAAUGUAGGAUGAGGAACUCACGAGGACAAGGGGAGCGAAGCUAAGGCCGUACAGAUGAGAUGUUGACGAGGCGGGUGUAGGGUAGUAAGGCUAUGGGUGUUCAUUGCGUCGUUUUGCUUUUGUUAAACAUCUGACAUGGGGCUUCGGACAUUGACUCAUUACUGGUAUGUUGUUUGCAGGUGAUGGUGAGUGGGGUGGGUGUACGGCAGCAAGCAUAGACGUUUGGGCUUUCGGCAAAGCCAUGCACGUCGGCGCUACCUCCCGUUAUGAGUCCUGCCCAUGACUGACGGGGUACUAAGCUUCUUUUGAUCACAAG